CAGAACUGUUGUGUCGAACGAAUUAGUUAAAAGAAGAAGUUAUGAAGCAUGGGCGUGUGGUAGACAAGAAACUGUUAAUAUAUAAAGUGACAAAAUUAUAGAUGAAAUGGACUAACCUAUUAACAAAUGUGAUGUUACGUUAAUGUUGCAAGUUAACCAAGAAUUGUGUUAUCAUUAUUUACACACUGAGACUGUAACGUACGGACGUGCCGACAUACAAACAGUUUUGAACGAACAUGUAAAAAAAUAUGGAAAAGCAAAUAUAUUCAUGGCUAAUCAUCAUCUACCUCUACAUAACAAAGUCGACAGUGGGAAGCCUGUGCACUAUCCGAGAUGAUGGCCACUGUUUCUACACCGUGAAUUGCGAUGAUCCUGCCAGAAUCAGUAUAAACCGACCCUGUGAUACCGAUCCUUAUGUCACACUCAUCAUCAAUAAGUCCCCAGUACACAAUGUUACAGCUAAUGCUUUUAACACCAGCUUCGAUAAAUAUGUUCAAAUUCUCUCAACUGAGGACAAUGAUUGGAAUAACGUUCAAGAUUUUGCUUUCAGUAACUUCAAAAAUGUUAUGUACAUCGACUUGUCUGAAAGUCACAUUAAAAGUAUAGGGAGAGCCUUUAUUGGAUUAGGACAGCUUGACUCCCUAAACUUGUCUCGCAAUGACCUUGAAAUAAUAGACCCUGGAGUUUUUAAGUUUACCGAAGAUAAAAGCAGAUUAUAUUUGUUGGAUUUAUCUUACAAUCUACUGACGUAUUUACAAGAAGACUUUUUUGAAAAUCUGUAUAAUUUAAGAAAAUUAUAUUUGCAAGGGAACAAGCUGACAUUUUUGGGACACCAACAUUUUAAGCACUUGAAAAAUUUGGAUUAUUUAAAUUUAUGUUGUAGCAACUUAAGUACACUAGAUAUAAGUUUAAAAUCAUUAACUACUUUGACAGAAAUCGAUUUGUCGAAUAAUAAUUUAGAAAAAGUUGAUUUGUUUGAUCUUAAAUCUUUAGAAGCCAUUGAUGUAUCACAUAAUAAUAUUGAAGAAGUCAUGUUUGAUGAGUUCAGAGAAUUUGCAAACCUUAGAGAAAUUAAUUUUGGUUAUAAUAAACUGAAGAAUAUUUGUGCGUCUGAUGAUAAUCUAGUUACUAAGGUUUCCAAGCCACUAGUCAAAGUACAAUUUGAUCAUAACAAUAUUAGUCACAUAGAUAGAGGCUUUUUCACUAUUUUUAGUCACAUUAGCCUUUUAGAUUUAAGUCAUAAUAUUCUUAUUGAAUUCGAACCAGAUACUUUUAAACAUGUUAAAGUUUUGCAAAUAUUAAAUGUUCCGAACUGUAGAGUAACAAUUAGUAAAGAAAUAUUGUCGACUUUAGAAAAUACGUACAUUUUUGAUUCAACAAAGAAUGAUGAUGACUGUCGAAAAGGGUCAUAUAAUGUCAAUAAUGAAAUAAAGUAUACUGAAAAGUUUAUGAGAAAUAAAAUAUUGAAUUUAGAAGAACCUAUACCUAAAUAUGAAGUAACAAAUGGAUUCUUGACUUCCGUACUAUUAGAUAAAAUUCGAUUUUACCUGUCUGAAUUUGUGAACAAAAUCUUUACUUGAAACUCUAUGGCUUUGUGAUAAGUGUCAAUUUAGACAAGUAAUAGAAUCGAGUCAAGUAUUAAAGUAAAAAAUUAAAAGGAUUUUUGAG